AUGCCAAUUCUUGUAACCAGUGGUGAUCCAGAAAUUCAAGCACCUGAAGCGUCAUAUUCAGGCAAUACUUCAAGGAAUAUUGCUUUGCAUAUUCAAAAAAAUGUGAAAUUGGCUUUCGAUCCUGUGCUCGCUGGUAUGUCUAUUCCACCAAAAGGUGACCUCUAUAUAACUCAAAGUCAACUACUAUGGUUUGAUCCAGCCACAAAAAUCAAUGUAUCAAUCGACUAUCCUUCUAUUAUGAUACAUGCCAUUUCUCGUCAGGGUGAUCUCAUUGCUGAAGGUCCUUAUAUUUACUGUCAAAUAUCUGGAUCCGCUUGUACUGAAAAUACAGGCACUGCCGCUUCUGUUAACGAUCCCUCUACAGAAGCAAGUAUUGCUGAUGGUGAUUCAUCAAUUGAAAUGCGAUUGGUUCCAGACGAUCCAACAUCAUUGGAUGCAAUUUAUCAAGCCAUGUCAGACUGUGCUGCCUUGCAUCCUGAUCCUGACAUGGACAUGGAUGAAGACGAAUCAGACAAUGAAGCCUGGACAUUUGAUCCAGCCACUGCAGAAGAUCUCCAGUUUAGCGAAGUUGGAAGGGCUGCAUUGGAACAUCUUGAAUCAGUGUUUGGAAUCACAACACGACCUGAUAUUCCUGAAACAGAUGUUCCUGAAACCGAGUCUGAGCAAAUAAUUCAAGAUGCCAAUGGAAAUAUAACUUCAAAUGCAACAGGUUUGACUGACAGUAAAGAACAUGUGUUGGCUGCUUCUAGAACUGCUGUGACAAAUCAAAACACUAACCAGUUUGAUGAUGCCGAGGAAAAUCGCUAG